AUGUCCAGCCCAGCCCUCAACAAGAUCGCGGCGAACAGCCCGUCCCGCCAGAACCCUUCUGAGCUGGAGACCAGCAUUGCUGGUGCUCUGUACGAUCUCGAGACAAACACUGCCGAUCUCAAGGUCGCCCUCCGACCUCUGCAGUUUGUCUCUGCCCGAGAGAUCGAAGUUGGCCACGGCAAGAAGGCAAUUGUCAUCUUUGUCCCCGUCCCUUCCCUGCAGGGUUUCCACCGUGUCCAGCAGCGCCUCACCCGCGAGCUGGAGAAGAAGUUCUCUGACCGCCACGUCCUGAUCCUGGCUUCUCGCCGCAUCCUGCCGAAGCCCAAGCGCUCCACCCGCUCUCGCAACACCCAGAAGCAGAAGCGCCCCCGCUCCAGGACUCUCACCGCUGUCCACGAUGCUGUCUUGACCGAUCUCGUCUACCCCGUUGAGAUUGUUGGCAAGCGUCUCCGCACCAAGGAGGACGGCUCCAAGACCCUGAAGGUCAUCCUCGACGAGAAGGAGCGUGGUGGUGUUGACUACAGACUGGACACCUACUCCGAGGUCUACAGGCGGUUGACUGGCCGCGGUGUCAUCUUCGAGUUCCCCCAGACUGGUGCCUCGGACUUCUAA